AUGAAAUUUACGGGAAAAAACAACCUGACUAGCACAUCGACUAGUUAUGUCACAACUGGUGAUCAAUCACAAACAUACAUUGAACAAAAAGUUAAAAAUGUGAUUAAAUCAACAAAAGAAAUAACACAUGAACUUGAUUUGAUAUGUGAAGAUGAACCACUAACCGAAGCUCAAUUACAAUUACAUGUAAAACAUAUCCUGAGUGCAAUUUUCAAGUUCAAGCAACAACCAAUGAUUUGA